GAAUGAGUAGAAUCUGAUAAAUGUUGAAUUGAACCUUAAUUUCUCACUAGCUUCGUUUUUUGUUUGGAUAUGAUUUUUUGGGAUUGAAUCUUACGAAACAAAUUCUCAAUCAUCAAAGAUGAUGAUGAUAUACAUAUACACUCACUGAUUCAUAUCUUCCUUCAUAAUAUCAUAAUCAUAAUAAUAAUGUGACACCCAACGAACCAACUCGCUCCAUUCCAUUUCCAGCUCUUAUUUCACAUUUUCAAUCUCUCUUCAAACUAUGGCAUGGUGGGAUGUAAGAUCUUUCUUUCGUUUUCAAGCUAUAUCAUCUCGUUUUCAGGAUUUAUCGAGGAGGCUGGGGUUCUCUGCUAUGACUGGUGCUGACUUUUCAUCCAUUAAUUUUCAUUUGAUAGACACACAGAAUGAUGAGGAAUUCAGGCAGAGGGAAGUCCAGCUUGGCUCACACACUAUGAGAUCUCAUGGAUAUACAGUUGCUGUAACACACAAGCAUGAUUGGAUCAUACUAUUGCUCCUUGUAUUGACUGAAAUCCCGUUAUACAUGAUCCAUCCUUUUUAUCGCUUUGUUGGGAAGGAUAUGAUGUCUGAUCUCAAAUAUCCCCUAAAGAGUAAUACCGUUCCUGUCUGGGCUGUUCCUAUGCUUGCAAUUGCAUUGCCUAUUGUGAUCUUCCUUGUUGUUUAUAUCCGAAGGAGAGAUAUCUAUGAUCUUCAUCAUGCCAUACUGGGUCUAUUAUUCUCCAUUUUAGUAACAGCAGUGAUAACCGAUGCAAUAAAAGAUGCAGUAGGGCGACCUCGACCAGACUUUUUCUGGAGAUGUUUUCCAGAUGGAAAGGAUGUUUAUGAUAAAUGGGGAGAUGUAAUUUGUCACGGUGACGAGAAAGUCAUAAAGGAAGGACAUAAGAGUUUCCCAAGCGGCCAUACUUCAUGGUCAUUUGCUGGUCUAGGUUUUUUAUCAUUGUACUUGUCUGGAAAAUUAAAAGCAUUUGAUCGCAAAGGUCACGUUGCAAAGCUUUGCAUUAUUUUUCUACCACUACUUGCUGCAUCACUUGUUGGUAUUUCUCGAGUUGAUGACUACUGGCACCACUGGCAGGACGUGUUUGCUGGAGGUCUUAUAGGGCUCGUAGUAGCUACAUUUUGCUAUUUGCAGUUUUUUCCUCCUCCUUAUCAUCCCGAAGGUUGGGGUCCUUAUGCUUAUUUUAGGAUGUUGGAAGAAACACGAGAUAUGGCAGGUGUUCCUAAUGCUCAAAAUGGUAGUCAAGAAGCUCAAGUUGCGAACCAGGAGGGACAAAGUCACCAUGGGUGUAUGGGGUUAACUUUAACAGGGAAUCAAACGUCAGCAUUAGAAGAUGAACUUGAAUCUGGGAGGAGAUAAUACAAGACACCGUUUUGCCCUUUGUAAAUCGUAUAUCCUAGGUUUUUAUUGUAUGUUUUUCUACUUGGCUGUCACUACUAACUUUGAAGCAUGCUUCUUUUUCUUUGUAAGAGUCAGAUUUGGGACAACAACCUCUUUUAUUUUGUGGAUAUGUAGAAAAUCAAGUGACAAGAUCCUCUAUUGAUCUCCUUGAUAGUCAAAUUGCCAAUCUAUUAAAAUGCAAUUUCAUCAUGAAAUAUAAAUGGCAAAUUGCUUUGGAUAAA